AUCAUUGCCUAUGCUAUCAUUGCCUUGCAAGCAUAGUCAGCUGCCUUUUUCUUCUCAAAUCUGCAAACCCGAUGAUAACUAACCAAUUUGAUGAUCUGAUUUGAAUGGUACUUCUCUUGUUUCCAAAUUUCAACCGAAUCUGAGGCUUUCCUCAUCAAGGGUAUCUUCCUGAGUUUGAUACCGACCAAUCUUCUCUGGGUAUAUUUUUAUGUUUCUCUCUUGAGGUUUUCCAUGGCAUCUGCUUUCUUCUUCUUCUUCCUUCUUAUGCCCUUCUUCUUGGUGGUUCCUGCAAGUACCCAAGAGGGUUCGAUUUCUACGAUCAUCACUGAAAAGGGUCUUGAUUUUGCCAAGGAUAUACUAAUAGAGAAGGCGAUUUCUUCUCUAACGCCUCUCAAGUUGCCCCAAAUCGAGGAGUUUGUGAAAAUUCCGUUCUUGGGGGGUGUUCAUUUUGGUCUAUCUAAUAUCACAAUUUAUAAGGUGGAUGUUCCUAAUUCGGAUGUCAAGCCUGGUGAUACUGGUAUCACAAUUGUUGCUUCUGGUGCCACCGCGAAUUUGACUAUGAAUUGGUUUUAUUCCUACAGCACCUGGCUUGUUCCUGUUACUAUUUCAGAUAAUGGUCAUGCCUCCGUUCAGGUUGAAGGCAUAGAAGUGGGGCUUACUCUAGGCCUGGAAAAUCUGCAAGGAACUCUGGAGCUGUCCAAUAUGGAAUGUGGCUUUUAUAUGAAAGAUAUCUCUAUCACCUUGGAUGGUGGAGCUUCUUGGCUUUAUCAAGGGUUUGUGGAUGCUUUUGAAGAACAAAUAAGGUCCUCAGUGGAAAAUGCUAUUACUAAGAAGAUUAAAGAAGGGAUUACAAAGCUUGAUUCCUUAUUAAAAGCACUUCCAAAAGAAAUCCAUGUGGAUGAAAUUGCUGCCUUAAAUGUCACUUUUGUUAAUGAGCCUGCAUUUAGUAAUUCUUCUAUUGGGUUUGAGAUUGAUGGGCUAUUCUCUGCAGCAGAUAAGGUUGUCAGUCCUGGAAACUACUUUAUGAAUUCACAACCUCCAGCCUUGUGCAAAUUUCCAACUAAAAUGCUUGAGAUUUCCUUGGAUGAAGAUGUAUUUAACUCUGCAUCCAACGUAUACUAUAAUGCAGAAAUGAUGCACUGGAUUGUGGACAAAGUACCAAAUCAGUCCCUUUUGAACACGGCUAGUUGGAAAUAUAUUGUUCCGCAACUGUACAAGAUGUACCCAAACAAUGACAUGAUACUGAAUGUUUCUUUCUCUUCUCCUCCAGUCAUAAAGAUUUCAUCCGAUAAUAUUGAUUCUACUGUUUAUCCAGACAUGAUAAUUGAUGUUGUGAGUAACAACGAAACCAUACCAGUUGCUUGCAUCUCGCUGGUAGUUAGUGCUUCAGGUUUGGUGGACAUCUCAGGGAAUUCUCUUGCAGGUUAUGUUGGGUUAGUUGAUUUCAGCAUGUCAUUGAAAUGGAGCAAAAUCGGCAACUUCCACAUGUACCUAAUUCAGUCAGUGAUGCGAACAUUCCUCAAAACAGUGUUCUUUCCUUAUGUCAAUUUACGCCUCAGGAGAGGAUUCCCACUGCCCAUCAUUCGUGGUUUCACUCUUCAAAAUGCUGAUAUAGUCUCUGCCAAUUCGCAAAUUGUUGUCUGCAGUGAUGUGGUUUAUACCGAUUCAAAUGAACUCAAACUGCUUCCACAUAAUCAAAUUCGUUCUUUCCUGAGUUUUGGUGUAUGAGAAACUUUUGUUUUUCUAUGGGGAUGCACACACACAUUUUUGUUGAAAGCAGAAUAAGAUCAUGUCGGUCCUAUUCUCUUGUCCAAUAUGAAUAGCCCUGCUUCAUAUGGAGGACUUGGUUGCUGCAUCAGCUAUUCAGCUUCUUUAAUGUAUGAAAGACAAGAUGCUCUGUCAGAUCAUGCUCGGAUGAUUCAGCAUCAUUACUUUCUGAAGACUCAGGCCACAGCUUUGACAAUUAUUGCAGUAUCAUUCAUGUAAAUAUGAUUGUAAUAUGACACUUCUCACCCUCAACCCCCCCCCCCCCCCACACACACAAAUUGUUUGAGCUCAUUUAGUUGUUUCUACUACCUUUCUUUCAAAGCAGGUGCAAUGUUUCAAGAUUUUACAUUCUACAAUCAGCCUAAUUUUAUCCUAAGA